UGUACGUGUACUCUAGCUUCUGUCCAUGGCUUUGUUACAGAUUACGUAAAUCGUGAAGAAUAAACUUGAGGAAUAUUGCUGAAUACGUUUUAUUUCUGACUGGCAGAUGAUCAACGCUGCACUGAACUGCUUCCUUAUUUAAAACAUGUUCCUGAACUCCAAGCGACAAUGCUUUGGCUCUUUUUGUGCAUCGUGGUCGUGGAUGUUCUUGUGGCCACAUUUGAGGUGAUUGUCCCUAAUAAACAUCUGCUGGCAAUCCGAGGUCGUCCAGCUGUACUGGGCUGUGAGUUCACAUCUGGUCCUGACCUCUCCAGCUUGGUUAUUACCUGGCAACGACAGGAGGACUCACGGGUUGUCCACAGUUUCUAUUAUCAACAGGACCAAUUGGAUCGACAAUGUCCAAAAUACCACAAUCGGACCUCAUUGUAUGUUUCAGAGCUUCAUAAAGGAAAUGCCUCUCUAAGAAUUGCAUCAGUUAGACCGAAAGAUGCAGGUUGGUACCUUUGCAUAGUGAGCAAUGCAAAGGGAACAGGAAGAGCCUUGAUGGAAGUGACUUAUGGAGCUCUUUACUCUGAGCCCAGGUUAAGCAUCCUUGUAAAUGCCUCUGCUUUGAAAGUGCAGUUUGAGACAGAAGGGUUUCCCAAACCUGAGGUGAUUUGGCUGGGGGAACACAACCAGAACCUCAGCUAUUACCUGGAGAUCCAUGACCAAAUAGAAGAUGGACUUUAUAUCAUAAAGAGUAUCUGUGAGGUCCAGAAGGCAGUGGUUAAUGUCACAUUUACACUAAAGAAUCACCUCCUGAACCAGAACCUGCAGAGACCAAUGUUCCUUAACUAUGAUGAGGACACCACAGACCAUAUGAUUAUUGUACUUGCUGUCCUCUCAGUGGUUUGCAUUCUUUUGGUCAUUGGCAUCAUUUGGUUAGCAUUGAAGAAGCAGAACGAGCAGAGAUCUUCGCUGUGAUGAACCAUGAAAGUUAAUGAAUGGUGUUGGAGCUGUUCCCAAAAGGUCUGCAUGCAUGUUUAGACUUGUGCUAAACAUUACUAGCCUUAUUCAUGAAAUGCAAGCAGAUCAAGUGCUAAUGUUACGAAAGAAUGUAUUUCUAAAUAAUUUACAUGUCAACAAAUGCCAGAGUCUGUAAGUGGGAGUCAUAUAGAUACCUGCCAAAAGUCAUUUCCUAAUCUUUUUACUGCUUUUUUUAUUUAUUGACCAUUGUGAAUUUUUAAAUAAUUUUUUAUACAAAAUCCAUCACAUGGCAUUUAUUAUCCUCACACUUUUAAUUGUCAAAUAAAUAUUUAAUAUGUUAACCACUGCAAAACAUGAUUCUGUACUGAACAAGUUAAAAUCACUUAUUGUGGCAUAAGUAAUACACUGAACCUCUGCAUAUGUUUAAGUUUGUACUUUAUACCUAAAGCAGAAAUAGAACUAUGCAGACAAUCAGGUCGGCUCUAUGCCAUGCCUACAUUACAAAUCCAAGUCAAACAUAAUUACACACAUUCUAACCGUUGCACUCUGUCCGUAAGCCUUUAGAGAUAUGUGUCAUCCUAAAUUUCUGUUUUCUAGUCAUGUUUCCUAGCAAUAAAUAUAGGGAGGGGACUGCCAUGUUGACAGCUUUGAUGAAUUGAACAGUAUAAGCUUAUCAUCAAGCUGGACCAUGGACCAUAAGUAAUAUGUGUGUGUUUAUGUAAGGGUUUGUAAGAACAAUAUAUAUACAUUACUUA